AUGAAUUUCAUGGAAUUAUCAAAACUUAGCCCAUGGUUAGAAAGUAUUCUCAAAAGAGUAUUACCAAAGAUUUUUUUGAAUCCGUUAAUAAUUCCAACGCUGAAAGUAAAAAGUUUUGAGAUUUUUUUUAUCCCCUUCAAUUAA